AUGAGCCGCGCGCGGUCGGCGGUCGAGGCGGCGAAGGGCGAUGGGAGCGAGCGCAGCCUGCGUGCCGUGCUCGACCUGGUCCGUACGCCGCACGAGUACGACGACGGGCGCGAGGGAAGCACCUUGUCGCUCGGCCUCGAUGCUUUGCAGGGCUGGUGCAAAGACGCCCAGCCGAUCUCGGCAGACGCCUGGCAGCUGCUCCAGGCGCGCCUCGUCGACGCGCUUGGCGUGUCGCAUACCUCGACGGUGAACCGCGCACGGCGGAUACUGGCGGAUGUGCUGCGUGUGUGGGACGCCUCGGACCGUGCGGUCGACCUGCCGAAAAACCUCGCGGCGCAUGCGAGCAAAUACCCUGACGCCCAGGCAUCGCUCGUCCUGCUCGAUGUGCUUGUCGCGCACUACGGCACGCACAUCGUCGGCAGCGAUGCAUGCGCUUUCUUUGCGUCGCUCCUCGCUGCCAUGCAGGCGGGACGCGGCAGCGUGAGCCGCCGCUCGCGCCUCGCUAUGGCGUUUGUGCUUGCGUGCCGCAACGAGAACCAAAAUAGGGACGUAUGGCUCCUGCCGCUUGCCGCGAGCCUCGUGCACCCCGACGAGCGCGGCGCAGAAAAUGUCGUGGCGCACCUCGUGCACCCGCUGCUCGACGCGUGCCCGGACGUACUCGGCGACUUGCUGAGCGCGCUCGGCGGAACGUCGGAAAAGCACGUACGUGCACUGCUGGCCGUGCUGCGUGCAGCCAAGAUGCGCGAUUUGUGUACGUUGGUCGACGACGCGGAUGCGGAUCCGCAGGCGACACCGAUGCGCGUGCCGUGCUCGCUCUUGCAUGCGUGCAUCGCGUCCGCAUCGCCUCGCAUCCAAGUCGCGGCGCUCGCGCUGACUGUCGAGGCCAAGACACCCGCAGCCCUCUUUUGCGCGGCCGAGCUGGAUGUCGUGCGGGCCUUCUUUGCCGCGAGCCUCAUGCUGCCGAGCGCUGUUGCACGCAAGGAUAGCAUCGCGCUGUUUGUCAAGCUCCUCGUGCGCAUGCGCGUCGGCAUGCAUGCACUCGCAAAGAAGGACAAAGCGUCGCCGCUCCUCGAUGCUAUGCACACGCUGCUCCGUGCGCUCUUCCAUGCCGUGCUGCAGGCCAUGCAUCCGGGGGCGCCGUACGCGUGCACCGUGCUGGGCGUAUCGCUUCUCUUUCUCCUGCUCGAGGCGUCGCUCACGCUUCCGGCACCGGGGGAAGAGCUGCACGGAUUCGCAUUGCAGGAUGCCGUGCGUGCGCUACACAAGGCCAAGACGACCUAUCCUGGCCACGCACCGUUUCCGGGCGUCGCUCCGAGUGCGGCACUGAGCGAACGCUUGCUCUACCUUGCCUCGGAGAGCACCUAUGACGAUAUCCAGCAGACUGCGACGCUCUUGCUUGUGCGCCUCGCGCCCGUGCCCGAGGCGGAGCUGCGCACACCGACGUUUGUUGGCACGCACAUUGUCGCGCCGAGUCUCGAGCGCAUGGGCGCUUUGAAGGACUCGGACGCGUACGCCGCCGUACAGCUCCUGCAGCUGUACCACAUAAUAUGUGCAGAGGACGCUGCGGCACAGGACGAGGCACUCGCACGCGUGUAUGCAGCCGUCGGUGAGAUCGGCGAGGGGGGGAGAAGCGACACAGACGCUCCAUGGCCCCUCCAUCUCUUGCGUGCCCACACGGCGCUGCUCAACGCGCGCCUUGCGUACGCGGAGCAACAUGGCGUCGGCGCUGCAUCGCAUGCACAGGCGCUGCAUGGCACCAUGGCCGCCGUGCACCUCCUUGCCCAGCGCACGAGCGCCGACGGACUCGCGGCUGAGCGCGAAGUGCUUGGCCACUGCGUCCGCCGUGCGUGGGCGCUCACCUCGCCGGUGCUCUGUGCUGCGGCGCCGGAAGGCGGCGCCGAGGACGACGACGAUAAUCCCCUGCCUGAACUUGCGCACGCGAUGCAUAUUGCACAGACCGACGCACUCGAUACCCCUGCGUACCAACGCAUCCUGUCGUAUGCAUGGCGCACGAUGAAAGAGGCUGCUGCAUUGCAUGCGACAGUCAUGCGUGCCUCGCCGGACACGCAGCAGGGCAGCGACCUAUUUCUCGAGUGGAUGCUUCAUAUCCGGCACCGCGGCGCUUUUAGUACGAUCUAUCCCCAGUACGAAGGCGUGGCCAAGGACUUGUUGCGCACGAGCGACAGCCCGACUGCGUGGCUCCAGCAGCUGCUCGCGCGCCUGGACGAGCAGUGCGAGCAGUUUAGCACGACGCGCCGCAGCGCGGGUGUCGGCUACGCGGUUCUUGCUCUGCUUAGUGCCCACGCCGGAAAAAAGGCGGCGCUUGUGCUGGAAGCGACCAUCGCACAGCUCGUGCGCAUGUCACAGAGCGAGCAGCCUGUGCGUACAAUUCACGCCCUGAACAUCUUGCGUGUAAUGGUCAUGGACAGCACACUGGCACCGUCGAUGCGUGCUCACCUCGGCACGGCGCUCUCGCGCGCCGUCUCGUGCUUCUGCUCGCCGCACUGGGGCGUGCGCAAUGCGUCGAUGAUGCUCUUCUCGGCCAUCAGCACACGGUACUUUGGCAUCCAUGCUUUGGCGCAGGGCUCCGCGUCCAAGCCACUGGACGGCCUCCUCGAGGCAAGCCCGGCAUUGGGCGCGGCACUGGUCGACACGCUGCGGUCCGAGUCACAGCGCUUGAGCGCCGCGGAUCUUGCGGCGGUGGGGCACGGCUCGGCGCUGUACGCUGUUCUUCUCCUUCUCGGCACGCUCCAGGAUGGCGCAGCGCACGGACUCCCAAUGGACGAAGUGCGCUCUGCAGUCGAGCGGUGCACACACAGCGCCAACUGGAAGAUUCGCGAGCAGGCUGCCUCCUGCUUUUGCGCACUUCUGCCGACCGACGAAAAGACCAAUGUGGCAGGCCGCAUCUUGCAGGACGCCUCGCUGCACGACCAGAACGCGCUGCAUGGGCAGCUCGUCGUUCUGCAGAAGCUCGGUGGGGAUAUCCCGCUGAUGGAGCGCAUCGAUCUCUUGGAGAAGAAUACAUGCCCUGCGACGUGUGCGGCCUAUCUGGACGUCGUCCAGCGCUGGCAAGGCGACUGGACACCGGUCGCUACGUGGAUUGCCGCAUUGUUGGGCGAGGCAACGGGGCCUGUUGAAAAGCUGCGUGCGGACCCUUUCCUGAGCUGGCUCCUGCCCAACGUGCUAUCCCUCGGCAUGCAGUCGGCCACGGCGUGCCUACCUCCUGCUGCUGCCCUCCUCCAGGACGUGGACAGAGCGACGGCGCUCCUCCGUGUGCUUCACGAGCGCAACGAGCAGGGCACACUCGCCACGAUGCUCUCCGCGCUGGGCUGGGAUGCGACAGCCUUGCAAGGCAACCUACUUGGCCUUGCGCUCGACGAAAAUGCCGCCCUGGACUGCCGCAUUGGCGCUGCGGAGCUUGCCGAGACGCUCAGUAGCACCGCGUCGUGCGACUGGGCUGCACAGGCAGAGGCUCUGCUCGUAUGUGUCUUGUGUACAGAGCACACUGGCGUGCGCGACGCGCUCCUCCCUCUACUGGGCGUCGCAGCAUGCUAUGCACCUGCGGAAUACGUCGACCAGUGCGUUACGGUGUGGGAGCUGUGUGCCGACGACUCCUUCUCGGUCGAGUCGCGUCUUGGCACGGCACACGCCGUACAAAAGGUCUAUGACCACCUCGCACAAAACAGCGACGCACUCUUCCGUGCGCACCGCAUUGUCUUGCGUCUCUUGCACGACGACAGUGGCGAUGUGCGCGACGUCGCUUGUGCCAUGCUCAGCACGGCGGCCGCACUGCCGAUCGGCCACGCGUGCCUUGCAUCGUUUGUGCCUGCCAUCGAGGCGAUGCGCGUCGGCGACGUGCAGUGCACCGAGUACCUGUGGAGUACGCUGUGCGACACGGCCCCCGAGCGUUUCUCUCGCGACGCAUGGAGUCUGCUGUCCCAAGCCGCGCUUCCUGCCGAGUCGAGUCAUGCUCUGUUCCCCUCCGAAGACGAAAAUCAGUACUACGACCGAGUUGCAGACAUGGUGCGUGCGUACCGCUACUUUGUGUCUCGUCGUCUGCCGCUGCCUCCGAGCGUCGACCUGGAGGCAGCGGCAAAGGAAGGCGCAUCGCACCUGGGCGGGCGCGUGCUCGACAAGGCGCAGUUUGUGGAGAAACUGCAGUACGCGCUGGUCGUGCAGCUGGACGCGACGCUACGCGGCGCCCCAUCGCCGGCUUCGGACACGCUCCAUGCGCUGCUCAUUUAUCCCCAGUGUGACACCGAGGAAAGGCAAGCGCCGCCGCCGGCGCUCCGCAUCGCACUCAUUUCCGACUUUUUCUUUCCGAACGUGGGCGGUGUGGAAGGACACAUGUACAUGAUCGGGCAGCACUUGCUGCGCCGUGGGCACAAGGUGAUUGUCAUCACACAUGCCUAUCCCCCCAAUCGCGUCGGCGUGCGCUAUCUCCCGUGCGGCAUGAAGGUGUACUAUGUGCCGCUGCAGGUCAUUGUGCGUCAAGAUACCCUGCCGAACUUUUUUGCGCUGCUUCCGCUGCUGCGCACUAUCCUCAUCCGUGAGGAAAUCCAACUGGUGCAUGGCCACCAGGCCCUCUCGAGCAUGGCGCACGAAGGCAUCUUUCAUGCAAAGAGCAUGGGCCUCAAAGCAGUGUUUACUGACCACUCGCUGUUUGGCUUUGCGGAUGUGGGCAGUAUCCUGACAAACAAGCUUUUGCGUUUUGCGCUUGCCGACAUUGACCAUGUGGUGUGUGUGAGCCAUACCGGCCGCGAAAACACCGUGCUGCGUGCCGCGCUACGCCCGAGCGACGUGUCGACGAUUCCCAAUGCAAUUGACGCUCAGCACUUCGUGCCAAUGGAUACAGCGCCCAAGGAUCACGUGUGCAUUGUCGUUCUGAGCCGGCUGAUGUACCGCAAAGGCAUCGACCUGCUGCUCACGGCGAUUCCGCGUCUGUGUGCCAUGCAUCCCGACUUGACGUUUGUAAUCGGCGGCGACGGGCCGAAGUACGUCGACCUGGAGCAGAUGCGCGAGCGGUAUAUGCUCCAGGACCGCGUCGAGCUCGUCGGCGCUGUGCGCCAGCGCGACGUGUGUGCGCACCUCAACAAGGGGCACAUCUUUUUGAAUACGUCGCUUACCGAGGCGUUCGGCACGUCGAUCAUCGAGGCGACAUGUACCGGCCUCUAUGUCGUGACGACGCGCGUCGGCGGCAUCCCCGAGCUUCUCCCAAGCUCCAUGAUGCGCCUUGCUGAACCGACGGACGAGGCCAUUGUCCGCGAGACCAACUACGCGAUCGCCCACAUUCGUGCGCAAAAGCACGACCCGGUCGCGCAGCACAAAACUGUCGCAAGUAUGUACUCGUGGACUUCGACCGUACGCCGCCUCGAGAUUGUGUACGAGCGUGCGAUGAAUACCCCUCCCCGCUCGAGCGCGGCGCGAUUUGCGCGGUACGCAUCCGUCGGUGGCCCCAUUGCUGGCAAGAUUGUCUGCAUUGUGGUUGCCGUGCAGAUGGUGAUGCUCAUCGUGCUCGAGUGGCUCCUUCCUGCGAAACAGAUUGUGCGCGCGAAAUCGCUACAGGGUACACAGCCUACAUAG